ACGGGAAACUUGCUUGACGCGGGAGUUUGUUUGACGCGGGAUUUUUAAAAGAGCCAUUAUGGCCGACGCAGUACGCAUUAACGUAAUGCUUAAAGUGUAUAAGCACGAGAACAAAAAUCAAUGUUCCAUGUUCUCUUUGAAAGAAGUACCAAUAUUCAAAACUGUCCAAGAGUUUAAAAGCUAUUUAGUGAAAAAACACGCUGAAGAAAUAAGCCCAGCAAAGGACAUCAGCAGUUUUGACCUUGGUUAUUAUGGCACGAGAGGAAGAAAACUGACCAUUUGUACAGAGGAACACCUAAGAGAGGCCUAUUUAGCUGAAAGCCUAAACUAUGUCACAUUUUGGUUGAAGCCACAUACGCAUUUCGAAAAAACAAGUUUGCCAAAGAAACGAGAGACUGUGGACGAGGACGAAGUCAUGUGUCUUGAUUUCAAGGCGUCAAAAAACAAGAAGAAGAAAAAUGAUUCCGUCGAAGAAGACAAGGGCCUUUUCAAUAACUAUUUGUCGAGGCUACGUGAACACAUGGAUCAGUUCUUAGCGAUUUUAAACUGAAGUGUUGGGCUAGAAUGUUGGUAAAUGGGAGUCACCGCGAAGACACCGUACCUCCGAAUGCUGCUUUUUUGCACUAGAGCCUACAGGUGCAGUUCCUUCUACAUCUAAUAUGACUCCCAUUGUGACCACGACUUCAACUAGUAGUUCUACCUCACUUCAGU